AUGUCUUUUGCUGCAUCUCGCACAUCCUGCAGACCAGUAAUCCUGAAGAGGUAUGCAUCAUCAGCAGACAGUUUCUUGACUGUGCUUUCGAAACUUUGGAAUGCUGAUUGGAAGGCGGACAACAAAGAUGGGAAGCAGUUCGACUCGUGGGUUACGAGGGCCAUGGCACACAAUCGAACGAUGAGUCUAUAUCCCGCUGCUCAAGCAAAUCUGCCAACCGAACACACACUUCCUAUUCGCCAUGCGAACGAUACAUUGCUCUGGCAGUUCUCUGACGCCUCUUACACCAACCAGAAUUUCUCUCUCGACGAGCAUUCGCAACCCCAUCCCAAGCGCCGUCGGUUGGACGGCAAUGAUCUCUGUGAGCGUGAAUCAGGAGGUCAAGAUAUACAAUCAUGGGCACAAAGAAGUGUAGACCAGCGUGGCUAUCAUGGAACUGCAUCUGCCUUAGUCAACUCUUCGGUGACCUUUGAUUCUACAUGGUCUUGCAGCUUAGAAUACGACCACUCUCUUUUAGGCUUCAACAAUCAUGUCACUGUGCCCGGAAGAAGAAACAAUCCCCUAAACAAUCCUCUGGAUGAUGAUGGAAUGAGCGCGGGGUCAUGCUCCGUUCUAGAAGAUCUUGGGUCUGCGUCCCUGAUUACAUCGCAGCGUCCGUCUUCUAGAGCGCGUCAGAUACAAACGCCUAUCAAUCAUGACCAUGGGGUACAAGUUCCUUCUACAGGCACUGCCAAUUGGCCCGCAGUGUACCCAGGAACCUCAUCACACGCUCCUGAUAGUUUUAUUCUAUCCCCAGGUCCCGUAGAUCCAUCUGUCAUUUUUGCUGAGAAGCUUGAAACACCACUGUUAUUGCAGCCUAACGUCCGAAAUGUAGACAAUGACAUUUGCUAUGGCAUGAUCUCAGGUUUCGAGGCCACUUUUCCUUCGACCGCGUUGCCAAAUACUUUCUCCUACAUUCCAGUCGGGAUUUCCAUUGCUGGACAUCCCUACCUGCUGGAAAACCAUUCCGUCGAAGGCUUUUUAGACCCUCGCGAAGCGCAGAUUCUCCAAACCCUUUCGAAGGACGAACAGAUCGACCUAGAACUAGCCAUUUCGGUCCAAUCGGGAACGUCUACGAAACAUACAGUCAAAAGAGUAGUCCGACGGUCCCUGAAUACAAUUAUCUACGGCCCAGCAAGCCUGUCAGACCAAGUUGGCGAGUUCUUGCAAGCUUGCAAUGUCUACUUGCAAGACCCAAUUGGAUGUCACCGGAAUGUUCGGUAUCGCAACCCCCAUCGUUUGUCUAGCUUAGACGAUGAUGGCCCGAUGACAUUCGAUUUCCAAACAACACAGCCUCAGAUACAAUUGACUGACGCUGAUGAUGAAAACGACCUCCUUGAAGCUCUGAACGCUCCAACAGACUUGCCCGAGACGGAGUCGCCGCUACAGCUCGAAACAACUUUACUACAACACCAGAAACAAGCUUUACAUUUCAUGAUUUGUCGAGAGCUAGGUCGGUCCCUAAAAGACGCACGCAAAGACGUCUGGAGCCAGGAAACUUCAGUCAUGUCAACAGUUUACAAAAAUAACAUCACUGGUAGAGCUCAAGCAUAUCCACCUCCCCAAUUUUCCGGUGGUAUCCUUGCAGAUCCAAUGGGCCUUGGAAAGUAUUUGACUGUUAUAUCGCUCAUUGUCAAUGACGUUCUGGCGUCGCAGAGAGGACGGCUUGGGGACUUGGACGGCUCAGCAUCUUUGUCCGAUGCUCAGAACACGACGGACGCAACACUGCUUGUAGUACCACUCCCUCUAAUACCCAUGUGGGAAGAACAGUUUCAGAGACACUGUAAACAAGGAGUACUUGUUGUCCGGCGGCAUCAUGGUCCCAAUCGCAUCACCGAGCUCCUCCAAUUGCAAAGAUCUAACGUCAUAAUUACAACCUAUCAAACUAUCGAAUCCGAAUGGAGGAAGGGAGUAAGCUCGGAGAAGAGCCUACUACUUUCAACUCGUUGGAAGCGACUUGUGCUAGAUGAAGCGCAUUACGUACGAGACAACAGUACCAAUACCUUCAAAGCUGUAUCUUCAAUCAUCGCGAUUUCGCGAUGGGCUGUGACCGGAACUCCUCUUCAAAAUCGGCUCACGGACAUCGCAGCUUUGUUGCAGCUUCUACGCGUCUACCCCUAUGAUGAUCCAGCAUGUUUCAAUUCGGACUUCAUCGAAACGUGGAAAUCGGGACAACCUACUGUGGCUCUCGAACGUCUUAAGCUUCUACUUCGGUACACUCUCCUGCGUCGGUCGAAAAGGACCAUCGAUCUGCCCUCUCGAUCAAACAAAGUUUCUCUAUUGAGAUUCAGCAGCUCGGAGCAUUCGUUUUAUGAGGCAUCUAGAACGAAGGUCGUACGUGCGCUUCAGGAUGCCCUACCAUCUCAUGGAGCUAUGACCUCUCAAACGACCUACCUUAACGUUUUACAGCAGAUCAACGAUCUCCGCUUAAUAUGCAAUCUUGGAGUCCAUCGGCAGUCUGCUUUGAUUCAGAAGCCGAACAAAGCCAUGAUUGGAGAAGGACCCGACUGGAACGCUGCGACGGCCCAAAAGGCUUUUGAAUCCUUGACAGCUGUUGGAGAAGCCUCAUGUGCUCGUUGUGGCUUAGACAUCGAAACAAAUGAGAGCAUGGAGACGGACUUCAUGACUUUGAGAUUGAGUGCUCCCUAUGGUGCUCACCUGUCUCGCUGUCUUAAAGUGAUAUGUUCCAAUUGUGUUCAGCAACAUUCGGAGCUUUCUCGUCAGACAUCAGCAUCUGUAUGCGGCCAUAACCCGUCUUGUCACAUGGUACCUGUGUCUCUGAGUCUAUCUGCGUCUCUGAGUCUAUCUGCAAAUGGCUCUUCUGGCCGAUCAACGCCUUCUAACACGGCUUAUGAGCCACCUCAAGAAGAUCUCCCGACGAAAGUUAGAGCGCUUGUAACGGACUUGCAAAGUCUUUCUCAAGACGUGAAGAGCGUGGUAUUUCCAUACUGGGCAUCGACCCUAAAUUUGAUCGAACGAGGGCUUGAAACCGCUAGCAUUCAGUACGUUAGAUUCGACGGAAAGCUCUCACCCGAAUGUCGACACCUAGUCUUGGAGAAUUUCAGACACGAUCCCAGCAUUACUGUCAUUCUCAUGACCAUCACCUGCGCAGCAGUCGGUCUUGAUAUAACUGCAGCUUCCCGCGCUUAUAUCAUGGAGCCGCAGUGGAACCCAACGGUUGAAGAACAGGCCCUCGCUCGCAUCCACCGGAUGGGCCAGAUGAAGGAUGUGACGACUGUCCGAUUCGUUAUGGAGGGUUCUUUCGAGCAGUGUGUGAUGGAUAUACAGCACAAGAAAAAGGAACUGGCGGAGCUCUUGCUUUCCGAGAAACCGUACCAGGCGGGAAAUGCGAUUGGAAGGCUUCAGUAUCUUCAAUCUUUGCUCAAAUAA